UUCUAUUGCCAUUUGAUCUCAACGAUUGACCUGUUGUUCAAUUAAUCAUCUGUUCGACGGAAUAAUAAUCAAGGACAAGCUCAAUCACAUGGAAACUCACAACGAAUAAUUCCAAGGCAAUAAUUGAAUAUUAUUUACUGCUAGAUUCCUCUGCAAUCGCGUUACCAUGUUCGAUACAAUUGAAUUAAUUAUUAUUUUUCCACUCCGUCGGGAAUUUCAGUCUGCCACGUACAGGAAUAUCCAAAGGUGUGAAAAAUCAAUAGAUGAGGCUCGCGUUUCUGUGGAAAUUCUAUUAGUUUUUAAAAAUUAUUUUUAUCCUCAUUGAAAAAAAAUACAAUCAGGAAAAAAACAGUGAGGAUUUUUUUUUUAGAUAAAAUCUCCAGAGAGUGAGGAACAUUCAAUUGAAUUUUUAAGAAGGAAAUUGGCAAUCCUUUGGAGGCCUGGCUCUGGUAUCAAUGGGUUUUCCAACUUCAAGGUCGAAUCACCUGGUCAUAUAAUUAACUUGCGUUUCUAUAUUUAGAUCUCUGCAUGAAUUACACUUUUGUUACUACCACUACGUGACCAAAUAACGUUUAGACGUCGAACACCACAUGCUGCACGUGGCAUAUUCGCUCGUCUAAUCAGUUUUACGAAUCUCAAGAAAUUAAUUUAAAAUAAAUUCUCAGAACAUUUUUCGAUUAGUCAGCAACGGGUCGGGAAAAGGAAUUGAGCUGUACGUUUGUAGUGGGGAACCACGUGGGCGGAGCAGAUGUUCAAUAUCAAGGAUGUCGGCAGUGAGAACAAAAUUAUUGCAGAAGGGGCUUAAUUAUGGAUUACUCAACUCCAGCGCAAAGUGCAUCUACCGACAGAGGUGGCCGAUUCUUGCAGUAGCUUUAAUAAUUAUUCUUAUUGUUAUUGUCACGAGGAGUACUCAGCACUCGUCACCGAGAGAUACUUACCACGACGAUGUGUCCCCUGAAAUCUACAAUUACGUUGUGCAGAAGUGGUUCAACCAGAGUGGAGCCGAGGAUUGGUACAACCAUGAAAAUAUCGAUAUGUUCGAUCCCCGAUUAUUGCACAUUCUUCUUGAGCACUGGAUAAUUAAAGAAAUUAAUAAAACCAUAAAUUUUCCUUAUCUGGGUUUUCGAGAAUCGAAGGAGGAAGAUCCGUCGAUGGGUCAGGCCAAAGCAAUUAGAGAUUACUUCAAUAAUAAAACGAAUGGAUUCUUCAUAGAAUGCGGAGCAUACGAUGGCGAAACUCGUAGCAACACUUGGGUUUUAGAGAAGCAACUUAAUUGGACUGGGAUUUUAAUAGAGGCUGAUCCAAUAAAUUUUACGAAGAUGCUGAAUAAAAAUCGUAGAGCCUAUCUUUCACCGACUUGUCUCAGCAUUAAACCACAUCCCACAAACGUUUCAUUCCUGAUGGCGAGGAACAUCGGGAGAAUUCACGAGCCUCAUGAACAUCGUCUUCCAAAUUUAACAAAUACCCUGGAUCGGGCUCACGAGGGUACACACGUGGGUGUUCAAUGUUUUCCUCUUGCUUCCUAUAUUGCUGCACUAAAAAUUAAGACUGUCGACUAUUUCAGUCUUGACAUCGAGGGACAUGAGCUAGAUGUCCUAAAAACUAUUCCAUUCGACAAAGUUGAUAUCACGACUCUCUCAGUUGAAUUUACCCACGUGGAAGGGGGUCAGCAACGACUGAUGGAAUUCAUGCAGACAAAAGGAUACUUCGUUUACAGUUUAGUGACAAAUAAAGAUAAUCUAGCGAAUGACGUGAUUUUUGUAAAAAAAUCUCAAUGAAUCUCUCAACUAUUUAAUAUUUAAUCUCGUUUAUUCAACGAGAGAACUCCUGAGGUAUUUAAUGUGCUGCUGCUAAACUUCAAUAGUGAAACAAUUAUUUAUGUGCCUUGAUAUAUAUUUUGUGAAAAUUGGAUAAUUUAUCGUAAUAAAAUGAAUGCAAAGUUAUUCUCGGCGAAUUGUCCUCGAAGUGAACGAUUAAUCCAAGAAAUAUUUCGCGGGGAUUCUAAUUAUAAAUCACCGAGUCAACGUCAUUUAUGAAUAAUAAUUACUCUAUAUCUCGUAAUGAAUAAGUGGAACGUCAGAAUAAAUGAAAUAUGACUAAACUAGAUUAAUUCUCAACGUGGAGAAUUACGUCAUGAUUUCUGGCGCCUGAAGAGGGGCCCAGGGACUGAAAAAAAAAAUUGUGCA